AUGAAGCGCAACGUGAAGAAAGCACUGCCAGCCACCGGGGAAAAUAAGGAACCCCAGGGCGUUGCCUACGAGGAGGUGGAGAACGAAAUGGACGCCUCAGAGGAAGAUGUGUUUAAGGUUAUUUUCGAAGGAAAUGUAAAGAGAUUGCAAAGUUUCAUGAUGAAGAAUCGUGAUGGUUUAUGUAAAUAUGAUGACAUGAAUGCCACACCCUUGCAUCAUGCAGCUGCACAAGACCAAGUCGAACUGCUGGAGAUGAUUGUCAAUGACUCCCAAUUUGAAGGACUGAACAUACUGGAUAUUUCAGGAAAUACCCCUUUGCACUGGGCCGUUGAGAAAAAACAGGUUGAAAAUGUUAAGUUUCUUCUUAGCAGAGGAGCUAAUCCAAACAUUUGCAACAACAAUUUGGUGGCACCCCUUCACCUAGCUAUUCAAUCUUUUUAUAAUGACAUAGUGAAGGUCUUGAUUGAGCACAGUAAUACUGAUGUUAAUUUGGUAGGAGAAAAUGGAAACACACCCCUGUUGCUGGCCUGCUCCAAAGAUAAUAGUGAAGCACUAAAACUCUUGAUGCAUAAUGGGGCAAAACUAUGUAGAGCAAACAAAUUUGGAUGUUUCCCAGUUCACAUAGCUGCAUUUUCAGGUUCCAAGAAAUGCAUGGAAAUGUUGUUAAAAUUUGGUGAAGAACAAGGAUAUUCCAGGCAAAAUCAGAUGAAUUUUCUCAAUAAUAAAAACGCAAGUCCUCUUCAUUUUGCUGUUCAAAGUGGUGACUUAGAAAUGAUUAAAAUCUGCCUGGCAAGUGGAGCACAGAUUAAACUAGAAGAGAAUGGGAAAUGCACAGCUCUUCAUUUUGCUGCCACUCAAGGGGCAACUGAGAUUGUAAAGUUGAUGAUAUCCUCUUAUUCUGGGGGCGAUGAUAUUAUUAAUACAGUAGAUGGAAAUAAUGAGACGUUGCUUCACAGAGUAGCCUUAUUUGAUCACCAUGAACUGGCUGAAUAUUUAAUUUCAAUGGGAGCAAAUAUUAAUAGUAUUGAUUGUGAAGGUCGUUCUCCACUUCUACUAGCAACUAGUUGUGCAUCAUGGAAUGUAGUGAAUUUAUUACUUUCUAAAGGAGCUGAUGUAGGAAUAAAAGAUUAUUUUGGGCGAAACUUUUUGCACUUAAUUGUCCUCCAGCCUUGUGGAAUAAAACAUUUGAAGCAGGAGUUUCUGCAGAUGCAACAUAUUAAAAAUCUUGUAAUGGAUGAAGACAUUGAGGGGUGUACUCCUCUACAUUACGCGUGCAGCCAAGGUGUACCUCUUUCUGUAAAUAACUUACUUGGCUUGGAUGUUUCCAUUUGUAUCAAAAGCAAAGAUAACAAGUCACCCUUGCAUUUUGCUGCCAAUUUUGGCCGUAUAAACACCUGCCAAAGACUUGUUCGUGAUAUGACUGAUACAAGACUUUUGAACGAAGGUGACCAGAAUGGAAUGACUCCAUUACAUUUGGCAGCAAAAAACGGACAUGAUAAAGUGGUCAAGUUUCUCUUGAAAAAAGGUGCCUUAUUUCUCAGUGAUCAUAAUGGUUGGACAGCUCUUCAUCAUGCUUCUGUGGGAGGAUACACUCAGACCAUGAAGAUAAUUCUUGAUACUAACGUGAAAUGUACAGAUCAUGUAGAUGAAGAAGGGAAUACUGCUCUUCACUACGCUGCACGGGAAGGACAUGACAAGGCAGUGGCCCUACUUUUGGAUCAUGAUGCUGAAAUUCUCAUGAAUAAGCAAUCAGCCACCUUUUUGCAUGACGCCAUUCAUAAUAGGAGAAAGGAGGUAGUUAUUACUACCAUUACAAGCAAAAGAUGGGAUGAAUGUUUGUCGGUAUUCAGUCCUCUUUCUUUAACCAAUAAAUGUGCUGUAUUGGAAAUGAUAGAAUACCUUCCUGAAUGCGUGAGUGCUCUUUUAGAUAUCUGCAUUGUGGAAUCCUCAGAGGAAAGGUCAUGCCUAAAUUUUCAUGUUGAGUAUAUCUUUAAGUAUCUUCAAAGUCCAUUAGAAUUCAGAAAGAAAGAAGUCAAUGAGUUAAUUUAUGGGCCACUUAGCUCACUCAAUGCAAUGGUACAACAUAAUCGUAGAGAACUUCUUGCCCACCCAAUUUGCAGAGAAUAUUUACUUAUGAAAUGGAUGGCUUAUGGGUUCAGAGCCCAUGUUAUGAACCUAGGAUUGUACUGCCUUGGCCUUCUUCCUAUGACCUUUCUCAUUUCUAAUAUCCAGCCAGGUUUGGCUUUCAAUUCAACAGGUAUCAUCAACGAUACUAACAAUGGAUCAGCAUCUUUAGACACUAAGAAUUCAUAUCUCAUAAAAGUUUGUAUGAUUUUAGUUUUUCUGUCAAGUGUACUUGGAUUUUGCAAAGAGAUGAUACAAAUCUUCCAACAGAGAAUGAAUUACUUUUUGGAUCCCACCAACCUCAUAGAAUGGAUAAUCUACACAACUAGCAUGAUGUUUGUGUCACCCUUAUUCAUCAACAUACCGGCUCAUUUCCAGUGGCAGUGUGGAGCAAUUUCCGUUUUCUUGUUCUGGAUGAAUUUCUUGUUGUAUCUGCAGAGAUUUGAAAAUUGUGGAAUCUAUGUUGUAAUGUUGUUAGAAAUUACUAAAACCUUGAUGAAGACUACUUUUGUAUUUUUCUUCCUGGUUUUGGCUUUUGGACUUGGCUUCCAUGUUCUCCUGGGUUUUCAGAAUGCAUUCAAGACUCCGGUGCUGGCUCUAAUGCAGACCUUUAGCAUGAUGCUGGGAGACAUAAAUUACCACGAGGGGUUCCUUAACCCACUUCUUGAAAAUCAUUUGCCAUAUCCCUUUCUAUCAUUUUUAUUCCUUAUAAUCUUCACCCUGUACAUUCCAAUUGUUCUAAUGAAUCUACUUAUUGGCUUGGCAGUUGGUGACAUAGCUGAGGUACAGAAGAAUGCUUCUUUGAAAAGAAUUGCCAUGCAGGUGAAACUUCAUACCAGUUUGGAGAAAAAACUGCCAUAUUGGUUCCUAAGUAAGGUGGACCAGGAAUCUAUCAUUGUGUAUCCUAACAGGAGGAGGCACUUUGGAAUCAUGAAUCUAUUCCAGUAUUGUUUUUGUACUCGAUAUAUAAAACCAGAAACACAGUACGCUGAUAAGACUUUAGAAGUUGAAGUUUUGAAGCAGAAAUACAGGCUGAAGGAUCUUGCUAUGCUCCUGGAGAAACAGCAUGAGCUUGUGAAGCUCAUCAUUCAGAAGAUGGAGAUCAUCUCUGAGGCCGAGGAUGAAGACAGCAGUUUUUCAUUUCAACACAGAUUUAGAAGACAACAGUUAGAAAAAAAUAGCAAGUGGCACAGUGUGCUAAAAGCAGUGAAAAGAAAAACAAUUUGUCCUUAG